GCAGGUACGUGUUGCAAGAACUCACAUUAUUUCGCGAUUUUCCGCGGACUGGAGAGGAUUUUCGGGGAAAUAUUUUUGGAUUUUGUUCGUUCGUGAUCUUAGAACAGAACGGUGCCAUAAAGAUCGUUCGAAUUUGAGCAGAGCAUGGACAGUGCCUGAGACUUUGAGACCAGAAGAGAGCAGAGACACUUUCAAAGGAAAAUAUGGCAGAGUCUGCGGAAAGUGAGUUAUUGGAGAAAAUUGUGCAGAUGGCCAGGGCCAAAAGGUCUGCAGCAAGGAGACUUAGACCUUUGCGACAACUUGCAAUGGAGAAAUUAGUGACUGCCAGUGAGAAAUGUGCAUUCCAAAAGCCCUCCUGCCUCACACCUUUUGCCAUUCCCCUCUCACUGCAAAAAGAAAUUCAAAAGUACGCAGAAGAGCACUUUGAUUUAGGAGAAAUUGAUGGCGUUGUGCAGACACUGGGAAUGGCUAACUGGAUGUUUGAUUUAGCUGGAAAAGUGCUUCUGAAUGAAUUCACAAAGGAGUUCAACUUUGUCAUCUUUAGAACCUUCCACAACCUUGACCAGCAAGUGUGGGAGAUGCUCAUCGAUAGGUGUCCAAAUUUGGAGAAGAUAUCGGACACUCGUUGCUUGUCGGGUCUUAUGGAGAGUGUGCUGCCAUACCUGAAAAGGUUCCCAAAGCUGGAGCACAUAUGUUACAGUAGCUAUCUGUGCACCUCAGACGACCUGAUCCAGAUCUCGAAGCACUUUCCAAACCUACGCACACUGUCCGUUACAUUUGAGGGUGUCAACAUUGACCUCAUGACAAAUUUGUUCGCCCUACAAAGACUAGAAAGGCUUGAAAUCCAACUACCAUUUUCUCAGACUGAUAAUGAGGACAACUAUUGGUACAACCAUUUCAAAGCUGAGUGCCUUAGUCACCUGCCAAAUCUGCAGUACCUUUUUGGAGGUAAUGAAUACCACAACAACCAUCAAAUCCCAGGCAACAGAAAACUCUCACUUCGGGAAAUGAAAGUUUUUAGUGAUUUUGAUUAUGAAUUGGUGCCGUACCUUGAAGAACUAGCAAUUAACAAUCCAUCUCCUGUUGCACCGCAGCAACUUUUCAGUGUCAUCUCAAAACUGACCUCGUUGAGCUUAGAUGGUUUUGGCAGUUUACAAUUUCAUGAGGUGCUUUCCCAAUGUGGAGACAGGCUUGAAGAUCUUCAUGUUGUGCGCUUUGAUAAUCGCACUGUGGACCCUUACAAGAUAAUUGUGAAGUGUCCGAAGUUGCGUCGUCUUCAUAUUGGCGGCAUUGUGUCCUUUGAAAAUUCUCCUUAUCGCUCACAAUCAGUCGACCACUUCCAGAACAUGGAAGAGUUUACAUAUGUUAACUUUUCUGGAUUUCACAUUUCCAGUGAAUCAGAGUUGAUGCAGCUUGUACUAAAAUCUAAAAAUAUAGUGAGCAUUCACAUGUUUUGCAAUUCACUUUCUAGCUUGUCCCAUUUGAUCCAGUGCCUUGUCGAGGGACCUUUAUUGCAGAAACUGAAGACAAUUAUUUUGUCAUUUGGAUUGAUGACGGACACUCCCUCCAAUGUUUUAAAGUUCCUCUGUCUCCUUGCUCUUCAUGCACCAAGACUGGAAUAUAUGCGCAUUGUAGUCAAUAGUGAUGAUCUUCGUGCUUAUGUGCUGUCGUCCAGUCUCUCUCGAGUGGAAGGCCUUAAAUUCAGUUGCCUUCGAGGCUGAGAGACCCCGUAAUUUAAAACCCAAAUGAUCCAUCAUUCUGGUUCUGCUUGCCUAAUCUACUACUGCCUUGUAUUUUCGUGUCAUGCAAUGUUUUUUUUACCAGUGGAAAAAUAAAAGCUUCCAUUGAUGGUUUGAAGGUCUUAAUGGUCUGAAUAAUAAAUAGUUUCUUUUACUGCA